AUGGAUGACGGAAAAGAGUACCUCGAGGCAGAAGACUUUGCAAAAGGUCUUGCAGAGCUCGACAAAGAAAUGAGCCAGAACCCGUGGAUCGUUGCCUUUGCGCCUAUUGAGCUGAUCACAGCCGGCGGGUUUCUUGCCGUAUCAUAUCUGAAGAAUCGUGAAAGCACGGGGGACAUCGACUUCUUGUUUGAUUCAGAAUUUUCGGGUGAUCGAGACAUCCAUAAGGCGUUCCGCGAAUGUGCUUUAGCUGUGGCUAAGCGCUUAGGGUACAAUAGAAAAUGGAUCAACACCUCUAUGUCCAUUUUCGUCACUGCAAAAACGCGACAGGAGCUGUUUAACCAAGCAGAUCAACAGAAUAUCGUGCUCUACGAGGGGGAGAGUCUCAAGAUUCGCGCAGCUCCGAUCGAAUGGGCCCUCGAGCGCAAGCUACGGAGAAUCCAUGCGGCAGAUCGGGAUCGCAAGGCAGAAUUUGACCUUUCAGACGCUGUUGCCAUGUUGAAGUACAUGCGGGAACAGAAUGAUGGUCCAUUAGAGGAGGAAGCGAUUCGAACGAUGAAUAUGAACGGGUUUGAUGUGAUUCCGGAUCACAGAACGAUGAAGCGAGUGGCCGAUGAAUACCGCCGUACUUACGGAGAAGAUGUUUUUGAAUAG